AUGGGGACUGCCAUCUCCGUGUGUCGUAAUGUGCUGGAUGCCGCCUUUAUGGAUGAGGAAGAGCUUUCUUCAGCACUGUCCCAGCAGUAUGGGCCACAGCUGCUGCUGCGCGUCGAUGCCGCCCCAAUCCGGGACGGCCCAGGAGUGCAUGGAAAUCCCUUCCGGCUGACGGACGAAGUCAUCCUGGAGGGCAUCGAAAAUCUGGGAGCUUUCUCCCAGUUUACGUCGCGCUUCAGCAUGGCGCGGCGCGUCCAAUCGGGUGGAAAGCCUCCCUUCACAUGGCCUGCCACGGAGAGAGCGUGUAUGCCCCAUGUAUUCAUGCGGGCACGAGUGGAAGGCACCUCCAGGUAUGUGCUGCUAGAUAUUUGUGCAUCCUUGAGCGAGCAAACACUCGCUCACACGAUGUUGGCGUUGCACGACAGCAAAGAGCUGAUCCAGCACGCUGCAAACUUCAACCAGUACCUUUCAGAGAUUGCUUUGGCUGAUGGUGGAGGGGAAGCGCCUCAAGUCAAGAUCUGCGCGCCUGUGGGCUGUCGCGUGCUCGACAGCAAGAUCACACAGUUAACGCUCUCGGACUCUUAUGUGGUCAUCAUGGAUUACCCGUCGACCGACGUAACAAAGUUUAUGUUGGAUGGUACGGAAGAUUAUCACGAGUUGGCCCAAGCCUUCUUCCACUAUGUGGCGUGGCAGACCGGUGGCCGCACCGUUCCCUUCGACCUGCAGGGGCUUGAGACGGGACAGGGGGACCUCCUUCUCGCAGAUCCUUGCCUCUUGCGGGAGAGCGACAAUGUUUCAGACCAAUGCCGCGAAGAAGCUUUUGCAGUGCUACACAGGACUUGUUCGCAGCUAUGCAAGGGCUUUGAUCCACACCGGCGCAGCGGCAAAGUCCGGCGAGUUUGUGGUGUUCCCUCCUGCAGCUUGCAAGCCGCAUUGCGGUAA